AUGCUUCCAAACGUGGAAAUGACCGGCCAGAGGCAGAGCGUGCCUGCCCGCCACGGCAUCGCCACCUUCGUGCCCAAGGGCCACACCCUCAAGGUCAUAAACACUUAUGGCACUCAGACUAUCAGCACUUGGGUCUUUGCCCUCCACAAGCCUCCAAACCCAGAGUCCGAAGCCGAAGAGAAAGCCGAGGAAGAGGCUUUCAACCAAGCGCAGCAAGAGGCCGAGAAGGAGGCCAUCGCCCACCACCAACAGCAGCAGCAGCAGCAAGCCGCAGCCGAUAUACACCCUGAAGACAGCGCAUCGCAAGUCCUCGCUGAAAUUCAAGAAGAAAAUGUCGGAAUUCAAGAGGCCAAGGACGAGCCCCAGCCCGAGCAGGCGACGGCCGGCCCCGAGUCCCCGACUUCACCCACAGCCAAGCCUACCGUUCAGACUGUAGACGGCAAGAAAGUCCGCUCUUGGACAUCCUACGUCCCUUCGGUUCCAUCUGUAGCUGUCUUGAGAUACCGAAACAAAACCGCUGCUGCGCAAGCGAGCAAGGACGCUGCCAAGGUCGGCGAGGAGCAGGUUGAGGGGAGCUCCAAGGACAACGCCGAAGCCAAAUUGGAAGAACAGAAGGAAGACGACACAGACGGUAAAAAGACGGACAAGGUGGAAGGGCCGGCUGCCGAAAGCGGAGACCCGACCGCCCAGCCAGACGACGAGGGGCGCAAGGUCGCAGGAACAGUCACUCCAUCCGAGACCGAGGACGACUACGCCGAUGCGAAGUCGGUUCAGUCGUCGCGGAGCUGGGGCUCCUACCUUCCCUCGAUCCGCCGAGGGAAGGGUGCCUCUGCAAAGGACUCCAAACUCGGCACUGACGACAAACAAGAGAAAGCGAACCAACGCACCUGGUCAUCGUAUCUGCCCUCGGGCGCCUCCUUCACAUCCUACCUCCCCAGCAAUAGCAAAGACGCCCUCUCGGCCUUUGCCUCCUCCCACCACCGCGACCCGGCCAAGUCCUACGCCGAGCAGCUCUACGAGUUCUCCAAGACCCCCGUCGGAGCCGCCAGCCUAUCAGGUAAGGCCACAUCCCCCAUCCUCUUCCUCCCCCUCUUCCGCCUUCUCCUCCUCCUCUUCAAGCCCACCCCGCUCACCCAAACACUCCCUCCUCCAGCCGCCACCGGCUCCGGCACCGCCGGCUCCCUCUACGCCGCCUACUCAGCCUACACCAAACUCCAAGCCUCCCAACGCACCACCGGCCCCAUGGAAUACCUCUCCCUCCCCCACACCAUCUCCUCCCUCCAAAAGCUCUCCCCCUCCCCCGGCGACACGCUCCUCUCCAACCUCCACGAGCCGCUCCUCACCCUCCUCGACGACACCACCCCCCCUGCUCCUCCCACCACCUCCUCAUCCCCAUCCUCAUCGUCCUCGAUCCCCCUCCGCCACAGCACCAUCCUCCCCGCCUGCGACCCCACGACGUACCGCCACCUCGCGGGCCCGGGCGCCGGCGGCGAGGAGCACGGCUCCUGCGCCGAGAACCUCGUCCUCGCCCUGCAGGAGUUCAACAAGGUGACGGGGCUGAAAGGAGCGCGCACCGUCGGCGCGGACGUGACGAUCAACAGCGCGCCGGUGCCGUUGGGGCUGUUUGUCAAUGCGAGGGUGGGGGGGAGGGCUGGACCUGGGACAGCAGAUCAGCAGCGACGAGAAGAAGGUGGAGGACGUGGGGAGGAGGGAGGGCAAGGUGGUGGUGGAGGUGGAAACGACGACGUCGUUGUCGUCGAGGCGCCGAGGAGGUUCGAUGGCGGGAAGUGGGGCAGGGGCGGCGAGAAGGGCGGGUGGGUCAAGUUCAGGGCGGAGAGGGACGUCGUCGUGGUGAUGAGCGCGUGUCCGAUGGACGAGGGACCGAUGAAUGGGGGGAGGUGCAUGGCGGCGAAUUUUGUGGUCGAGGAGCCGGUCGGCGAGGAGGAGGACGAGGACAAGGACAAGGAUAAGGUCAAGGACAAGGGAGAGGGGGAGGGGAUCUGCAAGGUGGCGGGAGAGGGUCAGGAAAAGGCAAAGGCAAAGGCAAAGGUGCAGACUUCGAGCGAGAAGAUCAAUGCGAAGAAGGUGGAGGCGAAGAAGAAGGGGCCGGUGAGGGACGAGCCGAAGAAGGUGGCGCCGGCGAAGAAGGAGGAGGAGGUGAAGGAGCCUUCUGUGGCUGCUGCCGCGACCCCGGAGGUGAAGGGUAAGAGGAGGGACAGUGCUCAUGCGAUGACUGAGAGUGCGCAGCCGAAGGUGAAGAAACCGCCGGUCAUACAACGGGCGAAGAGUGCGGUUGAGGGAAGAGUGAACAGUCCGGCUCCGGACAGGGUCAGGGUCAACAGUCCGGCCCCAGACAGAGUCAAGAGUCCGGUCCCCAACAGAGUGAAAGGUCCGGUUGGGGAUAGGGCGAAGAGUCCAGUGUCCGGGAUGCAGUCGCCGCGGACGGGCGCCUCAACGCCGUCCUCGGACGCUGUCCGGAACAUGCCCAAGCCUGGGAAGAAGAAGCCGAAGAAGUUGGAGCGACGCAGCUCGUCCAUGGUUCCGGUCUGA